UAGUAACUGUUACUCUCCCUUUCUCUUAGUUUCUUCCAUACACUCAAAAUCUCGAUCAAUCAGAAUCUCACGAUUCGUUCAUUUGCAGAAAUGAGAUACCAAUGGCGUCUUCUUCACCAUCUUCUCCGUUCUCGUCCCCGCAUUCCCAAUCACUCUCAGGUACUUUCCUCUUCCUCUUCCAUUUCCCGUCGUUUAACCGUAAAUUCCUCCUUCCCGCUAAACCCUAGUUUCCGUCGUUUCUCUUCGGAACCUGUUCUCGCUCACUCCGAUAACGACCACGUCCUCGUCGCCGACAUUUUCUCCAAACAUGCGGAUUCCGACGACGUGAAAAACCUCGUCGAUUCGAAUCGCAUUUCGAUUACUCACGACGCUGUCCUUGCGGUUCUGUGGAAGCUCGAUUCCAACGUCGAUGCGGCGCGGAGGUUCUUCCAAUGGGUUUCGGAGAACUAUCCCGAGAAGUUGAGCUCCAAGUGCUACAACUUGAUGCUGCGCGUUUUGGGGACCAAUGGUUUGGUUAACGAGUUUUGGGAGUUGGUCGAUGUAAUGAAGAAAAAGGGGUAUGGGGUUUCCAAGGGCGUGAAGGAGAGAAUGUUGGAGUGUUUUGAGAAGGGUGGAAUGAAAGGUGACUUGGCGAAGUUGAAGGGUUUGUUUGAUAACUCGAAUGAGAAGAACUGUGCUAUAGUGUGUAGGAUUGCGAGGAACAAUGUGUGGAGUGAUGAUGUUGAGAGGCAGAUUAAGGACUUGAAUGUUGGGUUCUCCGGGGAUAUGGUUAAGAUUGUUUUGGAGGGAUUGGCAUCAGAGCCGGCUAAGGCGCUGAUAUUUUUCCGGUGGUUGGAGGAGAGUGGGAUGUUUAAGCAUAAUGGGGAAACUUACAAUGCAAUGGCGAGGGUGUUGGGGAGGGAGGACUCGAUUGAUAGGUUUUGGAAGCUUGUUGGGGACAUGAGGAGUGCUGGGUUUGAGAUGGAGGUUGAGACCUUUGCUAAGGUUUUGGGGAGGUUUUGUAAGAGGACAAUGGUAAAGGAUGCUGUUGAGCUUUAUGAGCUUGCUAUGGCUGGCGCAAAUAAGCCUUCGGUUGAGUGUUGUGUCUUUUUGUUGAGGAAGGUUGCUGCUGGGAAAGAGCUGGAUAUGGAUUUGUUUUCGAGGGUUCUGAAGGUUUUUACCGGAAGUGGGAAUUCGUUGACUGAUUCUAUGGUUAAUGCUGUGCUGAAGUCUUUGACCAGCGUUGGUAGGACUGGAGAGUGGAACAAGGUUUUGAAAGAAAUGGAAAACUGUGGGUUUGUUGCUGGUGGUAAUUUACAGAGUAAAAUUGCCUUUAAACUUAGUGCUGCUGGUAAUACGGAACAAGCUCAUGAGUUCGUGAAUAGAGUUGAAGCAUCUGGGUGUAAUGCAGAUCGCAAGACAUGGGAAUCUUUGAUUGAGGGGCACUGUGUUGCCGGGAACAUUGAUAAAGCUUUUGAUUCUUUUAAAGAGAUGGUUGAGAAGGAGGGGAUCACUUCGGCAGGCUAUACUUUUGAUGUGUUGAUGAAUUCACUUUGUCAAACGAAUAGGGCAAUAGAUGCAUGUAAGAUUCUUUGCCGACUAGUGAAUGAAAAACAGCUAAAACCCUGGCAUUCUACUUACAAGCUGUUGGUAACCAAAUUAUUGGUUCAGGGAGGAUUUGCAGAUGCUUUGCCAAUUUUGGGAUUAAUGAAAACCCAUGGAUUUCCACCUUAUACUGAUCCAUUUAUUGAACACUUGUCAAAGAGUGGAAGUGAUGAUGAUGCGGUACUGUUUCUCAGGGCAAUGACUUCAAAGAGGUUUCCGUCUACAUCUGUGUAUCUUCGUUUGUUUGAAGCCUUCUUCAAGCACGGAAGGCAUGUAGAAGUACAUAAUUUCCUUUCUAAAUGUCCACGGUACAUUCGAAAUGAUGCAGAUGUGUUGAAUCUCUUUUAUUCCAUGAACUCUAAAGAAGCUGCUUCUUCUGGUAUCGUGACUGCUUAAGAUUGCGGAAUAUAUCUUGUGUUGUACUCUUCAGAAGAAUGUGCAAUUGCAGUUGUUCGGAAAUUUUGGUGAGUGCUCAUUCUUUUUUGCUUCAUUUAAAUUAUUGAAAAAAGGGUUGAUUCUUACUUUGAAUAAAGCCAAACAAACCAAAAUUUUUGACAUUCUAUAAUCCCCCCAUGCAACUUGUAUUUCACAUGCAAAUCGAAAUUCUUCUCUCCGACAUCAUUAUUAAGGACACCAAACGAAUGCUUUGCUUGGUGCUUUGACAGCAGUGGACUGUAGUUCGAUGCGUCCCGAUUUACACUGUCUUAAUAAUGUACAUUGUAGAUUGAGGUGAUACAUAUAAGCAACAAUAUAGACAUGAAAAGCUUGCAAUUUUUUCCUCUUUAGAUUUACUUCUGGAUGUGUUCAAUGCCAUCUCAAUAUUUCUUAACAAAUUCACAUGCAAUGCUUCAGUAUUACACACUUAUUCAUUCAGUGCUCUCAUCAGCAUUGUAAGUGGAUUGAUGCCUUAGAUAUAAUGUAAGCUUCAUUUGUUCUUGGACUGCAA